CUUCUUACUUAACCUUGUGACUUGAAAAAUAAGUGCAGAAGUCAGCGGAUAAAAUCGUUAAAACGACAAAAGGGAAAUCCAUCCGAUACUCCCAACUUCUUUAUUUUAUUCUUUGGUCUCUUUCUCUCGCUUCCGCACCCACCCCCCUUUUUAACUUUUCCUCUCGUACAAAGGUCAUGACAGUUCGCAUGCGUCAUUCGUCAUUUCCUUUAGAAAUAUGGCUUCAUAUUGUCGACUAUUGUCUUGCCUGGGAACUCGAGGAGUCACAAAUAUUACUUCAACAAAACAGUACCAGUAGUAUCUAUGCGCUGCUGUUAACCAACUACACAUUCUAUUGCUAUCUGAUCCAACAUCCCCUAUUCCAUCGACUUCGGCUGUGGCGCAUGCUGGGCCGGAUUCCACAUCAGUACGAACCUGUAUGCAUUGCCGUUGCGACACCCACCGAUUGGACUCUACUGAAUCUGGAACUGCGGAGCGAACGAGUGUAUGAAAACGAAGAAGAGACGUUUCUCAUGUUGCAGGAAGUGGAACAUUAUCAGCGACGACGAUCUCGGCGACGAGCCGAUACACUGAGCAAGGCGGACAAGGACGUGGUUAGUCCGACGUGGAUCCGGCGGGACAUGGCUAUUUACGGCGCGCAGAAUAAAGUGAUCCCGCUUUUCUGUUUCCAUUCUUGUGUGCAAGAUUUGUGUCGAUUUGCUGUUGUGAAUCGCAUGUCCAUCUGGCUGCUAAAGCAAUCGGCCCGGUUUUUCAGGGGUGACAACAUUAAAAUGCUCACCAACCAGAACCUUUUUCGCUGCGUUCUUGAAAGUCAACGUUAUGCAUUGAUGGUGUGGGAUCGUCCCAACGACGAAAAGCGUCGCUUUACCGAGGAUGUUCUUCGUCACAACGUUGAACUGUUUGGAAACAUGUCCACGCCCAUGCUCUUUAUCAUCUAAAUCCAAUUUUCUCUUUCUCCAUUAAUAUCCAAACCACCACUUAUCCUCCUUCUCCGUCCUGUAUGCACUGUUUUUCUUUCUUGUUAUAUCUUUUGCUUUACUUUCUUCUUUCUGUUCUCUUAUUUGUAAAUUAAUUUGCUCCGUCCCUUUUAUUUUCUUUUUUAAGUUGUUAGUUUGGUUUGUGUAGGAACAUCGUACCGCAGCAAUCACCUGUAUCGUACAUGCAAUCAUUAUGGGAGCUGAUUCGGAAUAAAUCAAUCCUUCUCUUUCUAUUUUGGUGGGGUACCUGAUAUAUACUCACUGUCACUUUUAUGUAGAUAUACACACCAAUUUUUGCGAUCUUGCGGUUUUUGAUGGUUGAUCUCCACCUAUUUUAACAUUGG